CUCCAAAUGGGCAGACUGAGGUGGACAGGAGUUUCCCCAAAAUCUAUCAUUCAAAUUGUUUUGUCACAACACUCAGUUUCUGCAAAUUCAAUGAUCAAUAAAGGGAAUGUGUGUUCACAUGUUUCAGAAUAUCUACCUACAUUACUUAAAAAUCGAUCUUUGUACAGUUGCAGCUUUAUUGGUAAACCUAAUAGUUCUUCGACUAGGAGAUUUCCACCGUUGAAGCAUUUUUUCCAUUCCACCGGAGCUUGUUAUUCUGCAGAGCGAGAUUAUUAUGAAAUUCUAGGUGUAUCUAGAGAUUCUAGUCGAGAUGAGAUUAAGAAGGCUUUUCAUGCGCUUGCAAAAAAAUACCACCCAGAUGCCAAUAAGAAUAAUCCAUCUGCGAAGAGGAAAUUUCAAGAGAUAAGAGAUGCAUAUGAGAUUUUGCAAAACCCACAGAAGAGAGCACAUUAUGACAUGAUGAAGGAGCAACCAAGCAACACAGAAAAUAUAAAUUAUAAUUAUGGGAAUGGCAAUGAUUUUAGAUAUACAUAUAGCACACAAUUCUCUGAUUCGUUUCAGAAAAUAUUUUCUGAGAUAUUUGAAAAUGAGGCUGAAAAUCUGACGCAAGACAUUCAGGUGGAGCUUUCUCUCUCCUUUUCUGAAGCUGCUAAAGGAUGCACAAAACAUCUUUCAUUUGAUGCAGAUGUACCAUGUGAUUCUUGCAAUGGUUUGGGCUAUCCAUUGAAUUCAAAGCCAAAAGUAUGUCCAACUUGUCAAGGAGUUGGGAGAGUUACAAUCCCUCCAUUUACAGCAACUUGCAGUACCUGUAAAGGAUCUGGACGAGUCAUUAAGGAACGUUGUAGGGCAUGCAAAGCAUCAGGAGUUGUUGAAGCCAUUAAAGACGUUAAAGUAACUAUACCUGCCGGUGUUGACUCUGGUGAUACUAUUCGUGUGCCAAAAGCUGGUCAUGCUGGCAGGCGAGGGGUGCAGCCAGGCAGCUUAUUUAUAAAGCUAAAGGUUGCUAAAGAUCCUCUAUUUGCUAGAGAAGGAGCUGACCUUUAUGUGGAUUAUCAUAUCAGCUUUACAAAAGCUAUCCUUGGUGGUAAAGUUGAGGUACCAACUCUAUCUGGAAAGACAAAGAUACAGGUACCCAAGGGGGUUCAGCCUGGACAACUUGUGGUACUACGAGGCAAAGGUUUGCCAAAGAGUGGAUUUCUGGUGAACCAUGGAGAUCAAUAUGUGCGGUUCCGUAUUGACUUUCCAACAGCAUUGAAUGAACGGCAGCGUGCUAUAAUGGAAGAAUUUGCACAGGAGGAAGUUAUUAAUGGAGAUUACCUGGAUAGAGAAGUAAAUUUGUGGCAGCAGUUGCUUGAACGCGUAUCAAACCCAAAGUUUGUGGUUGAAUUCUCACUCUUAAUAGUGAUCCUUCUGUUGUUAAUCAAAACGCUGUGAUUGUGGAGGCGUCAGCUGUCCUCGGCAGUUACAAGAAUUCCUGAUCCAGCUGCUUUCAACAUCAUACCUGCACAGAGUUUGCUAGUCUCCGG